CCCUUUCGGGGUCUCGAGACGUCGCUCGGGCUUUGACGUCCGUACGCAAGAGGAGCGCGGCGCGCGUGCGCGUUACUCAGUUGCCCAUGGUAACCAGGAGCCGCGUAGAGGAUGGGUUUGCUGUCAAUUCUGCGUAAAUUGAAGAGUGCACCAGACCAGGAGGUCAGGAUCCUCCUUCUGGGACUGGAUAAUGCAGGGAAGACUACGCUUUUAAAACAGCUAGCAUCUGAAGAUAUCACCCACAUCACUCCAACACAGGGAUUUAACAUUAAGAGUGUACAAGCGCAAGGAUUCAAGCUGAAUGUGUGGGAUAUUGGUGGACAGAGGAAGAUCAGGCCAUACUGGAGGAAUUAUUUUGAGAAUACUGAUAUUCUGAUUUAUGUCAUUGACAGUGCUGACAGAAAGAGAUUUGAAGAAACAGGCCAGGAGCUGGCAGAGCUCGUGGACGAGGAGAAACUUAGUGGUGUUCCUGUACUCAUCUUUGCAAACAAACAAGAUUUGCUGACGGCAGCUCCUGCAGCAGAGAUUGCAGAGGGUCUGAAUUUGCACACAAUCCGUGACAGAGUCUGGCAGAUUCAGUCCUGCUCCGCCCUCACGGGAGAGGGAGUGUCGGACGGCAUGAACUGGGUCUGCAGGAAUGUAAAUGCAAAGAAGAAGUAAGUUGAACUGAAUUGCAUGGAAUUGGAGGGGCUGCCAAAGCCAAAUGCAUUAGCAAGCUGCUGGUGUCUGACCAAAUAUUCUUUUCCAUCUGUGUGAGGCUACAGCUGUUAGGAAUGGGAACAGCAGCAAAGCCUUCCACUCAAAUGGGAACUUUACCUGCUCUCUAACAUCAUUCCCUCUCCCUGCAAAAAUGAAAUUUCUUCCUCAUCCUCUUUUUUCACCUAAGUUAUAUUAAAGGUCUCCACCUUCAUUUGACUGAACAGUGAGGUUUGAAAACAGAAUCAGAUUGUGAUUUGGCAUAAAGACCUUUUUAAUGGGAUCAUAAAGCUAGAAUGAUCAUAGCAAUGUAUAGAGAAGCCAGUAUCAGUCUGGAAAUCACUCAGGAUGCUCCCCUGGUUUUGUUCAAAGUUUUUCUGAUAAACCAAUUCUUUGUUAGCAUGUGUGCUUCAGUUAUAACAGUCAUAAAUCCCUUGGUACAGUGCUGCGAGGACUGUAAUGCAACUCACAAAGAGCAUUUAUUAUAACAAUAUGUCCAGGUGUUUCAGUCCAUUUUUUCACAAAGACACGUGCUGUAGCUUCAGUUCUUCAACUAUAAGAAGCAUCCAGCACAAGGUAUUCUGUAAUUUAUUCAAAUAAAACAGUGUCAGGCUACAGUGGCAUGUUGCAUUUAUGGUUGGCACAAACAUUUCCAAUAAUUCAGGCUCAGUAGAGCCAAGAUUUUUUUGGCAUGCAGUCUGUUGGACUAUAUCAAUUCACGGAAUGAGGAUGGGAGUUUAACAACAUUGUGGCAGUCAAUUUAGUGUGCAAAGUCUUACUGCAAACAGCUGUUAACAGUUUUCUUUGUCCUUUUUGACGUGCUUUAAGGCAGGCUUUGAUUCAGUGUUCCUGAGACCUACAAGCGACAUGGCAAAUGUGUUUAUCUCAGGCAAUUCAAACAGUCACAGACUGAGAGAUUAGCCGGGUCAUUGUGGUGUCCAUAUGAAUUGCUGUUGAGGCUGUACAGUCAGUUUAUUGCUGCUUUGGAAGUCUGCACCGCUUCUGUACAUUCAGUUUUGAACUAAAUUGCAGACCAGGUAUACAAAAUGUAACAGCAUAAAUAUUUUUAAAGAGAGAGAUUCCUGAUUUUAACAAAUAUUUCAUCAGUCUAAUUAGGAGUUUCUAUAGAAAGAGUCAUUGCGUUCAUUCUGAAUGCAAGAAGAGAAAACCUUAAGUUGGUCUAUGACCUCCCAUAGAAUAUCUGCAGGGAAGAUAGCAUCCUGCACUUUGAAGAAUAGGCAUAUUUAAACUUGACAAAUCUUAGCAUAUUGCCACAGUGCCUAGAUAUGAGAUAGGAGGCUGCUUCUCACAUCUACGUCAUCUGCUCAGUUUGUCAAUGUUCACAGUAAUUUGGCGAGGCAGCCUUGCAUGCAAUGAGUUUAGUAUGCAGCUUUCAGAUUAGAGCAAGAAUGUUGGCUUAAAAUUGCUGUGGCAACUAUAAAGCUCUCUCUCAUUAGUGGAAGGGAGUAAACUUGAUUUGCUAAACCUCAGACUUUUAUGUGCAUUUUGGUGAAAGUCAGGGAACAUAAAUUGUGAAUAUAAUCUAUUGUCACUCACUACUUUGUGGUACAGGAUUUCCUCCUUACUAAUCUAGAAAUAGCAACUGUCAUAAUUUCUCAUUCACUUGGAUUUGAACUUUUAAAUUGCUGUUUCACCUGAUUCAUAAAGUUUGGGACUGAAAUAACACCACAAACAUACACUAUCAGAACCAGGGAGAAUAUAAUAAAGCACAAAUAACAAUCUAAAUCAUUUUAUUAAAAGCCCCCAAA